AUGGCUCGGUUCAAGAAGGUGAUUGACCAAGCAAAAGUAUUCACCAUAUUUGUCUAUGGGCACACUAGAACAUUGGAGUGCUUGAGAUACUUCACAGAGGGAAAAGAGAUAAUAAGUCCAGGAGUGACUAGGUUUGCUUCAACCUUUCUCACUUUGAACAGCAUACAAGAGAAGAAGGACCAGUUAAGAAAGAUGGUGGUUCAUAUUAGGUGGGACUCAUUGAAGGAUGUGAAAUCAAAGAAAGGAAAAGAUGCCACAGCAAUUAUAUUGAAUCCAACCUUUUGGAAGGAUGUCAAGCUAACAUUGACUGUUUUUGAGCCAUUGGUCAAAGUUCUCCGUUUGGUUGAUGGGGAUGUGAAGCCAUCCAUGGGUUUCAUUUAUGGAGAACUACUAAAAGCAAAGAGAGAGAUCAAAGAGGCCUUCGGCAAUAAUGAGUCCCGGUUCAAGGAGGUAAUUGCUGUUAUUGGUAAGAAGAUGAAAGAAAGACUUGAUUCUCCAUUGCAUUUGAUAGCUUAUUUGCUGAAUCCACACUAUAGUUAUAGUAACCCAUCAAUCUUUGAUGAGCCCACAAUAACAGAAGGAUUUAUCAGUUGUGUGGAGACUUUUUAUUAUCAUGAUGAGAAUAAGCAACAUCAGGCUGCCAACAUUGACCUGAAAAAGUUUCAGAAUAGAGAAGGACCAUUUAACAAGAAGUUUGCAAGGACUUUUGAAAACUUUGAUUACAACCCAGCAUCAUGGUGGCGGCUGCAUGGAACUGAAAUACCAGCUUUACAGAAGAUGGCUACAAGGAUCCUAUCUUUGACAUCAAGCUCUUCUAGUUGUGAAAGAAGUUGGAGCGGGUUUGAAGGGGUACACACUAAGAAGAGAAAUAGGCUUACUACAGUCCACCUGAAUAAAUUGGUCUAUAUUCAAUUCAACUCCGAGCUGAUUAAUGAUAAAGAAAAUAUCAAGUCAAAGAAGAUCAGUGAUGUUCUCUUGUCUAAUGAUACAACUGAAGCUCAAGGUUUUCUUCGUGAGAAUGAAAAUGAUUGUGCAUUAGUUGUCUAUAGAGAUGAGAUGGAAGGUAUAGGGAUACCUUGGUCUGUUAUUGGAGAUGCCGUGGGAGUAGAAGAACAACUUGAGCUACGUAGAAGUGCAAGAGUGAGACAGCUUUAUGAAGGAGAAGAAUUUGACUCCGAAGAAGAAUAG